GUCAAAUUUGAGUCACCUUAUCACCUGUAUACGACCGCUGACCGCUAUGUCAUAUGGGACACCGACGUUGUAUAUCAGUGAAUAACCUAUUAAAAAAAACUUUUUAAACCACCGGUCUUAAAUUAUUAACUUUUUGUAAAGAGUGGCAAUUGAGUCAAAAGUUGAUAAAAAUGGUUGCAUCAGACGAUACCAAGCCAACAGUGGAAGGAGAUGCUGGCGGAAGCAAAAAGGCAGCGAAAAAAGCGGCAAAAGCAGCAGAGAAACAACAGAAAAAGGCCGAGCACAAGGCCUCUUCAGUCCAGAACGAAGUCCAGGAUGAGAAGGACAUAUCCGAAGGAAGAUAUGGAAUCAUGAAGCUGAUACAAUCAACGGGAGAGAAUAGAGACAGAGUCUAUACCGACGUUAAGGAUCUGGGUGUAGCUUUGGAGGGAAAGACUGUUUGGGUCAGAGUCCGCCUCCAGACCUCCCGUGCUAAAGGGAAGCAGUGCUUCUGUGUGCUCAGGCAGGCCUGUCACACCGUUCAGCUACUGAUGAGUGUGAACGAGGAGCGCGCCGUCAGCAAGAACAUGGUCAAAUUCACUGGCAAUAUAACCAAGGAGUCCAUAGUGGAUAUCCAGGCUACCGUGGCCCGCACUGGAGCCCCGGUAGAUUCCUGCUCUGUACGGGACGUGGAGCUGGUCGGGGUUCAGGUCUGGGUGGUUUCGCAGGCUAGACCACAAUUACCGCUGCAGAUCGAAGAUGCCGCCCGCCCUGAGAAUAACGAUCCCGAAGGUCUCAAGAUCCGCGUGAACCAGGACACGCGCCUGGACAACCGCGUGCUGGACCUGCGGACCCCCGCCAACCAGGCGAUCUUUAGGAUAGAGGCUGGCGUCUGUCGGCUGUUCAGAGACAUACUCACUAAGCGAGGUUUCGUCGAGAUCCACACUCCCAAAAUCAUCUCCGCGGCGUCCGAGGGCGGCGCCAACGUCUUCACCGUGUCCUACUUCAAGAGCAACGCCUACCUCGCGCAGAGCCCGCAGCUGUACAAGCAGAUGGCGAUCGCGGCCGAUUUCGACAAGGUGUUCACCGUGGGCGCCGUGUUCCGGGCGGAGGACUCCAACACUCACCGCCACCUCACGGAGUUCGUCGGCCUGGACCUGGAGAUGAGCUUCACGCAUCACUACCACGAGGUGCUGGACACCAUCGGCCAGACGUUCACUGACAUGUUCAGGGGCUUACAGGAACAAUACGCCUCGGAGAUAGCGACCGUGGGCCAGCAGUACAAGGUCGAGCCGUUCAAGUUCCUGGACCCGCCGCUGCGGCUGGAGUUCCCUCAGGCUGUAGAGAUGCUCCGGGAGGCUGGAGUAACAAUAAGCCCCGAAGAUGACCUCUCGACUCCUGACGAGAAGCUGCUGGGUCGCCUCGUCCGGUCUAAGUACGACACGGACUUUUACAUCCUGGAUAAAUACCCGCUCGCUGUGAGGCCCUUCUACACGAUGCCCGACCCCAACAACCCUCGGUCCUCGAACUCGUACGACAUGUUCAUGCGCGGCGAGGAAAUAUUGAGUGGAGCUCAGAGAAUACACGAGCCCGCGCUGCUGACGGAGAGGGCCGAGCACCACGGGAUAGACAUCAGCAAGAUAGCCGCCUACAUAGAGGCGUUCAGACUGGGCUGUCCGCCUCACGCAGGCGGCGGGAUCGGUCUGGAGCGGGUGGUGAUGUUGUACCUCGGGCUCGACAACAUCAGGAAGACGUCCAUGUUCCCGAGAGACCCGAAGAGAGUGACGCCUUAACGUGAACCGGCGCCUUGUGCUAAAUAUAGCGAGUUAUAUCGU